GUCAAGGACAGCAGAAGGAUUCACGCGGUCGAGCCCUCCCUGAAUUUGCAGCCCCCACCUGUGGGAUCAUCGCUCCCCAUCCCGCAGAAUUUCCCAUUCCCAGCCCCUGGGAGGCUGCGAGCAAGAGGAAGACCUUCUCCUUGUCCUUCCUCUCCCAGAGCAGGAGCUGAGGAUGGAGAGCAGGGAGGACAAAUCCCCACGGCAGAACCUCGUGGAAGAGGCCGUUUUGAGCGGCUCCAUGGCACAGGAACCCAACGGGGAGGAAAAGCCCCGGAGAUGCCGCACGAGGAGGGGCUGCAAACGCAGAUCACGGGGAUCUGAGGAGGAAAGACCCACCCUGGGCUGGGGAGGCGGCCGGAGAUCAAACCAGAGCUCAGAGCUGGUGGUCCAUGAGCAGCUCCAGGAUGGGGAGAAGCCCCACAAGUCCUUGGAGUGUGGGAAGAGCUUCAGGUACAGCUCCCAGCUGAUCCUGCACCGGAGGAUCCACACUGGGGAGAGGCCCUACGAGUGUUCUGAGUGUGGGAAGGGGUUUAAGACCAGCUCCGAUCUCCUCCUGCACUACCGGAGUCACACAGAGGAGAGGCCCUUCUGCUGCCCCGACUGUGGGAAGGGAUUCAAGCAGAAGUCAAACCUCGUCAGUCACCAGAGGACCCACACUGGGGAGAGGCCCUACAAGUGUGAGAAGUGUGGAAAGAGAUUCACCCUGAGCUCCAGCCUGAUCCAGCACCAGGUGCGCCACACUGGGGAACGGCCCUACGCGUGUUCCAAGUGUGGGAAGAGGUUUCAGACCAGCUCCAAUCUCCUCAAGCACUAUCAGGUUCACACGGAGGAGAGGCCCUUCUGCUGCCCUGACUGUGGGAAGGGAUUCAGGCAGAAGUCCCACCUCAUCACCCACCAGCGUAUCCACACUGGGGAGAGGCCCUAUGAGUGUCCCCAGUGUGGGAAGAGCUUCUCACAGAGCUCUACCUUGACCCAACACCAACGGAGGCACCGGUAAGGGAAGCUCUGCGAGUGCCCCGAGUGCGGGAAGAGCUUCGUGUGCUGCUCCAGCUCCAUCCCCCACUGCAGGACCCAGGUUGGGCACAGCCCUGGUGACCCACAUUCCCUGUGAUCCUUGUUGGGGACAAUAUUCUGGAGGAUAGAUGUGUGUUCUGGAGGUAUUUUGGGCAGUGUACUCCAUCUCUUUGCCCUCCGAAAGCCAAGAGGGUCACCUCAAAAC